CGUCGCGAAGGCGCCCGUCCGCCCUUGGCGGCUGCGGGCCACCUGUAUAAGAGGCGUGUGCGCCGGGGUUUGAAAACAACUAUGGAAGCGCCCGCGUUCUCGGGAGGUUGUGGGCGCUCGACGGGGAAGCGGCUCGUCGGUGCCCCGAGCUGCUAAGCUCCCGCUGCCUGCAUCCCCGCAGCGCGGCCGCAGGGGCCAUGCUGGCUUCGCGCGUGGCGCGGGGCUCGUGGGGCGCCCUGCGCGGGGCCACAUGGGCGCGACCGGGCAAGGGGCGCUCCCUCGGGGCCCUGCUGCCGCCCGCACCCGUCUGCCUGGGCCGCCUGGCGGGGCGCUGGUGGCUGCGCCCGGCCGCGCUCGGCCUGAGGCCGCCCGGAGCGGGCCCGCGGGGACACUGCUCGGGCCUGGGGAAGGCGGCCCCCGCGCCCCCGGCCGGAGAGGGCGCCGCCGCCGCGGCCCCGGGCGGCCCGUGGGGCCCGGAGAGCGCCGCCAACCUGUAUGAAAACCCAUGGACAAUACCAAAUAUGUUGUCAAUGACGAGAAUUGGCUUGGCUCCAGUUUUGGGCUAUUUGAUCAUUGAGGAAGAUUUUAAUGUGGCGCUAGGAGUUUUUGCUUUAGCUGGGCUAACUGAUUUGUUGGAUGGAUUUAUUGCUCGAAACUGGGCCAGUCAAAAAUCAGCUUUGGGAAGUGCUCUUGAUCCACUUGCUGAUAAAAUACUUAUCAGUAUCUUAUAUGUUAGCUUGACCUAUGCAGAUCUUAUUCCAGUUCCACUUACUUAUAUGAUAAUUUCAAGAGAUAUAAUGUUGAUUGUUGCUGUUUUUUAUGUCAGAUAUCGAACUCUUCCAGAACCGCGAACACUUUCUAAGUAUUUCAAUCCUUGCUAUGCUACUGCUAGGUUAAAACCAACCUUCAUCAGCAAGGUAAACACAGCAGUCCAGUUAAUCUUGGUAGCAGCUUCUUUGGGAGCUCCGGUUUUCAAUUAUGCUCACGGCUUUUAUCUUCCAGUACUGUGGUGCUUUACAGCUUUCACCACGGUUGCAUCAGCUUACAGUUAUUAUCAUUACGGUCGGAAAACUGUUCAGGUGAUAAAUGGCAGAUGAAUCCAUCAUCAUUAGCAAGGAAGCAAUAUGCAUCAUUGGCAGCAGGGCCAAUGGAAAUGUACAGGAGUCUCCCUACUUUGAAAAGGACUUGUCAGAUCAAACCAUGUCACCAAUAUUUAAUGUGCAUUGAAAAUAAGCUUGAUCAUGGGCAUAUGCAGAAUUUCCAAUGUAUUUUUAAAUACAAAUAAAACUAUUAUUUAGAUUUUUUUUACCAUAGGUUUCUUGAUUAACUUAAAAGAAAUCAAUUCCAAUUAUUGUCAGUCAUUUUUUAAUUUUUUUUUU